ACUCAGAUGCAGGGUCGACCGACCCACGGCCGUGCUCGCUUAAGGGGGCGAUAUUCCUUCUAUUCCGUUUUUGAUGAGAUUGACCCGGCCAAAGUUCUCGGUUUUAGGCAUCGUCAUUCUGGCCGCUACCAUACACGUCAGAAGUCCUGUUUCGAACGUGCUAUCUUUUCUGAUGGCAGAGGGUAUCCACUUAGGUCUCAAAUUGCUGGGGGAUAGGUCUGUGUGCUGCACGAGUAGAAAUAUAGCUCGCACAUCGUGCGGGUUCGCCAGGCUGUCCCCCGCCCACGGCCUCCCCUUUCCCUUUGUACAUUCUUGGAACAUUUUUGUGUGUCUACUACACCAUGUCUCAUACUCCCGAGCAUGCUCUCCACCUCUUGAGCACCCCCGCCUUCACGACCUCUACUCAUGCCCUUACGAGAACAGAGAAAGUUAAACUCGCAUACGAACGCGCGAAGGAGACCGUCCGGGCUUACGGCCUGAGCAUUGAUGAUGUUUUGACUCUUUCUCCCAAAUUCUGGCAACUUCACCAGGACCCGCUCAUCGCCAUGGACGGAGGCGCAACGACCCUUAUAACGAUACAAAUUAACCUAGUCUCCGGUACGAUUGCUCGACACUCGGUGCACCGCCCCGAGCUCGUCUCUCUCGUCGAUGAUCUCCUCAGCUACCGCAAGCACGGACAAUUCCUUAUGACUGAAGUUGGACAUGGUCUUGACGUUGCCAACCUCGAGACUACCGCCACUCUCCUUCCUUCCGGUGAAUUUAUCCUUAACACCCCCACGCCUGGCGCGGCCAAAUUCAUGCCCCCUACCGUCCCUGCCGGCCUUCCAACUAUUGCUGUCGUCUGGGCGAAGCUUAUUGCCCGCGGCGAAGAUUACGGCAUCCGCCCGUUCCUUGUUCCUCUGAACGACGGCAAGCAGAUGUGCACCGGCAUCAAAUCCACCCUCCUCCCUGAGCGUGGUGGCUCUAGCCCUGUGAAUCACGCAAUCACAUCGUUCCGCAACGUCCUCCUGCCACCUCAGUCGAUCCUCGGCUCGACUGAGAAGGCUACCUCGCCGCGGCUUGCGCUUACGCACUCAAUGUGGCGUGUCGUCUGUGGCACGAUCGCCACCGGUUGCCUCGCGCUGCCGAUAAUGAAGUGCUACGCCACCAUUGGCGCGAUGUACUCUUUGCGCCGCUACGUCGGUGAACCUAACGACCGCCUACCGAUCAUGCACUUCCGCACACAGCAGAUCCCGAUUUUAACGCUCACUGCGCAGGUCUACGUCAUGGAGGCCUUUGUUCAGUGGUGCACGAGCGUCUUCAGCGACAUUACCAUAGACUACCGCAUCCGCCACGCCAUCGCAGGCAUACUCAAAACAACUAUCAUUGGUCACUCAAACGCGGGCGGCAUCGCUAUCUCAGACCGUUGCGGCGCUCAAGGCUUAUUCGAGCACAAUCAGAUGAUUGCAAUGCAUAAUGUGACUCGGGGUAUUGCCAUUGCCGAGGGAGAUGUACUCGUCCUGUCCAUUAAGAUUGCAACCGAGAUGCUUCAAGGCCGUUAUCAGGUCCCCGCGGCGCGGGACCCGAAGAGCCAGCUCGCGCGUCAUGAGGCAGGCAUUUUCGAGGAGUGCCGUGCCGUGCUCGCGUCGUGUGCGCACCACCGAAGCAACGAGGUCAAUAAGCUCAUCCUGCCCCAGUGCCAGGCGAUCAUCGAAGCAAUGGGCCAUCGUAUGGCGUACGAGGCCGCCGUCGCGGCCGGCGUGCAACAGCCGCUCAUCGACCUCUAUGUCGCCAGCUGCAUGAAGCUCGACGCGGCAUGGUAUAUUGAGAACGCAGGCGUGAGCCGCAGAGUCCUCGCCGAGAUGGAGACCAAGGCGCUCGACGCGGUGCUCCCUCAAGUUGGGCAGCUCAUCAAAGCAAUGAAUGUCGAACCAUGGAUCACGUCCAAGAUCAUCUCGGACGAGCGCUGGAACUCGUUCAUUGCGACCUGCCAGGUCUUCGACGGCCAGGCCAAGGUUAGCGUCUUCCAAGGUGAGGGCGCGGCGGAGUCGCAGAUGGUCAGGUCUCACCUAUGACGGACUUUGCGCCCAGGCGGUACACAGAUUCUGCAUGACGUCGGCUGGGACGUCGUGCCGUUGGUCCUGGCUUACAUGUGAUGCCCUUCUCCCUUUGCUACUCCGUGCGCUGCCUCUUCCCCCUCAUCCUAAGGCCUGGUUCUUCUCAUUGCUUACUGCACUGUAUUGUAAUAAUGUGCCGUUCUGGGUUAAGUGCCGAACUCGUACGUGUAUUUGAUUCAAUAUGUAGUUUUUAAAGCAU